AUGGCAAACCUACCACCUGAAAUAUGGAAAGAGAUUAUAGAUUCGUUCUCUGACAACCACAGCUUACGUUCCUUACUAAUAGUCAACAAAAGCUUUAGCUCUCUCGCCGUAAGAAAACUGUAUGGAAGAGUCGUCAUUGGCUCAUCAGCACAAUUCAACAAGUUUGCUGACACCAUCAUAGCUCUAAACGACGAGGGCCACAAAACCUACUACCAUUAUGCGACUUUUGUGCAUGCCGUAACCAUUAAUACGUUCAAACGAGAAGCUAUCUUUCCCUGGUACCGUCUUUCGAGUAUCUUUGCGCUCUGCGAGAACGCCGAUGGACUUCUCAUAGGUCCUACAGACCAAUAUGCCGAUAGACAAACCGUCUCUGUGCUCGAAGACAUGCCUUCGAUGACAUUGGUAACGCACUGUCUGGCCAAAAUCAUUGACAUGCUCGCAUCGCGCUCGAUUCGACGAUUGUGUCUGCGAUCAUUGAGAUUCUUGGCUGAAUUUCAACGCCACGGCACGCGCUUUUCGACCGCCCUUGGAAAGCUGCGUAAGCUCGAGAGUUUGGAACUCUGGCACGAAAGUGGACGUCCAUUGGGAAACGGAGGUAAGAAGUGUAUAGUGCAACUUGCGCAAAUGAACGAUCUCAAAGAAAUUCAUCUGGAUACCUUUGUCACGGAUGAAUUGGAACUUGACAAUGUCUUGACCAUUUUUGAAAAUUCGCCCAAUCUCGAGUCGCUGACUUGGUGGGGUACGCACUAUAAUAAAGAUGAUGAGGAUUAUUUGUAUCGUACCAUAUUUAAAGAGUGUACCAAGUUGCAUAAACUAGUUGUGGAAGUCUCUGGGUUUCAAGAAGGUGAUGACUUUCUCCGUCUUUCGAGACACAGUCAAGGUUUGGAAGAACUUACAACCUGGUGUGAUAUUGGCAUCGGCGCUCUGCCACUUUCUACUUUCAUGACGUUUGUCCUUAGAAAUGCUUCUACUUUGAAGCAUGUUAAUGCUUUGAUCUCUCUUGCUGGUCCGCCGGUUAAUCGACGUGUUCAUAAUAAUAAUAAUCCUAAUCGUAAUCUCGUCGGGCGCGACGCGUGA